AUGCCGCCGCGCAAGAGGGUGCAGCCUGCUGCGUCUAGUAACGCUCGACGUCCUUCGGAGGCUGGUCAAAAUUCUGCGACGACCGAACCCCUAAAGCGAAAGCGAUCCAUCGCCAAGGAAUCCAACCGGCCAGUUGAAGCAUCUAGCAAGACAUCUGAAAAGAAGAGCGAAGAGAAGUCGACGUAUAAGCACAGGGAUCCCUUCGAUGCUCUCUUGGAACCAUUUUACUACAACAAAUCUCUCACGGAUCCGAUCGACACCGCCAGGGACAAAUGGAACCUGCUGCCCGCUUUCCUCAAAGUCAAGGGCCUUGUCAAACAGCACAUUGACUCAUACAAUUAUUUUGUGGAGGUGCAAUUGAAGAAGAUCGUCGAAUCAAGUUCCACCAUUCGCAGUGACGUUGAUCACCAGUUCUACAUCAAGUUCACAGAUAUUUAUGUCGGGUCCCCGCGACGGUCGGAUGAGACUCAGGACGCGGGCAUCGACUUCCAGUCGGAUGUCACUCCACAAGAGUGCCGAUUGCGGGAUACCACUUAUGCCGCACCGAUUCUUGUUGAUUUCGAAUAUGUGCGUGGCCGACAAAGGGUUAUUCGGCGAGGCGUGUCCAUUGGUCGGAUGCCAGUCAUGUUGCGCAGCUCGAAGUGUGUGCUGGCCGACAAGACCCCCGCGCAGAUGACGGUUCUCAACGAAUGCCCGCUGGAUCCCGGUGGUUAUUUCAUCGUGAAUGGAACAGAGAAGGUUAUUCUGGUCCAGGAACAAUUGAGCAAGAACCGAAUCAUUGUCGAAACGGACCCCAAGAAGGACAUUGUCCAAGCCUCGGUGACCAGUUCCUCUAACGAGCGAAAGUCCAAGAGUUACAUCGUUUUGAAGAAAGACAGACUUUACGUGAAGCACAACGUGCUGAGCGAAGACAUCCCAAUCACUGUGUUGCUGAAGGCUAUGGGAAUCCACACUGACAAGGAGAUGCUUCAGCUCGUUGCUGGUUCAGAUAAGCUAUACCAGGAAGACUUUGCUAUCAACUUCGAAGAAGCUUUCAACCUGGGCGUCUUUACCCAGCAGCAGGCUCUUGAUUGGAUCGGAUCUCGCAUUAAAAUCAACCGCAAGCAAGGCGCCUACCGCCGAACCCACGUUCAAGAGGCUGUCGAGGCAAUUGCAUCCGUGAUCAUUUCCCAUAUUGAGGUCAAGGACAUGAACUUCCGGCCAAAGGCUAUUUAUGUCGCUCACAUGGCUCGUCGCGUGUUGAUGGCUAAGAAUGACCCGUCAAUGGUGGAUGAUCGUGAUUACCUUGGUAACAAGCGUUUGGAACUGGCAGGCCAGCUGUUGGCUCUGCUUUUCGAAGAUUUGUUCAAGAAAUUCUGUUUUGAUAUCAAGAUGAACAUUGACAAGGUUCUGAACAAGCGGAAUAGGGCCGAGCAGUUCGAUGCGUGGAGUGUUAUGAGUAUGCAUGGCAAUCAUAUUACACAGGGAAUGAACAGGGCCAUCUCCACUGGUAAUUGGAGCUUGAAGCGUUUCCGUAUGGAACGUGCCGGAGUGACACACGUUUUGAGCAGAUUGAGUUAUAUUGCUGCCCUUGGCAUGAUGACUCGUAUUAGCAGUCAGUUCGAGAAGACCCGAAAGGUCAGUGGUCCUCGUGCCCUGCAGCCAUCUCAAUUCGGCAUGUUAUGUCCCGCAGAUACCCCCGAAGGUGAGGCUUGCGGUCUUGUCAAGAAUUUGGCUCUCAUGACGCACAUCACCACCAAUGACGAGGAGGGUCCAGUCCGGAAUCUCAUCUUCAUGCUUGGUGCCGAAGAUAUCUCCACCGUGAGUGGAAUGCAGCUCUAUGCCCCUGGAAGCUAUUCGAUUUCCAUCAACGGUACACCGACUGCAUUGACCCGUCGGCCGAAGUACUUCCUCAACUCUUUCCGUAGACUUCGUCGCAUGGGCCGCAUUUCGGAGUUUGUCAGUGUCUACAUCAACCAUCACCAGAGAGCCGUGCAUAUUGCAACCGAUGAUGGCCGUAUUUGCAGACCCCUUAUUAUCGUUGAGGAUGGGAAAGCGCGGGUCACUCAGAAGCACCUGCAGAAGCUGCGUGAUGGACGUAUGUCGUUCGAUGACUUUCUCGCUCAGGGACUGGUUGAGUACCUUGAUGUCAACGAAGAGAAUGAUUCCUAUAUCUGCAUUUACCAUCAGGAUCUCACGGAGGCUCAUACUCACCUUGAGAUUGAACCGUUCACCGUGCUUGGAGCCGUCGCUGGUCUUAUUCCGUAUCCUCACCACAACCAGUCUCCCCGUAAUACCUAUCAAUGUGCCAUGGGUAAACAAGCUAUCGGUGCCAUUGCUUCGAAUCAGUUCCAACGAAUUGACUCUAUUCUUUAUCUCAUGGUCUAUCCGCAAAAGCCCAUGGUCAAGUCAAGGACCAUCGAGCUGGUUAAAUAUGACCAAUUGCCUGCCGGCCAGAAUGCGACAGUCGCUGUCAUGAGUUACUCUGGUUAUGAUAUUGAGGAUGCUCUGGUUUUGAACAAAGGUUCGGUCGAUCGUGGAUUUGGUCGCUGCCAAGUCUACCGCAAAUAUGUUACGAAUCUCAAGAGUUAUCCCAACGGACUGAGAGACAGGCUGAACCCCCCGGAGUUCGACAACGAUGCCCCCAUUCGCAAGCAUGCUCUUCUCGACAGCGAUGGCCUGGCCUCCGUGGGUGAGGAAGUCCACGCCGGCGAAGUCUACAUCAAUAAGGUUACACCGGAUGCUGCGCACACAAGUGGACUGGUUGGCUCCGACGCCGGCAAGCCGCUCACCUGGAAUGCCGCGCCCAUGACCUAUAAGCUUCCCGAUCCCUCGUACAUAGACAAGGUUAUGGUCUCUGCCACAGAAGGAGAGACACAACUUCUGAAGGUGCUGACUCGACAGACUCGUCGUCCUGAAGUUGGAGACAAGUUCUCGUCUCGUCACGGACAAAAGGGUGUCGUUGGUAUCAUCGCCGACCAGAUGGACAUGCCUUUCACAGACCAAGGAAUCAACCCCGAUAUCAUCAUGAACCCUCACGGUUUCCCCUCACGAAUGACUGUCGGAAAAAUGUUGGAACUUGUGGCCGGCAAAGCAGGUGUGCUUUCCGGACAGCACGGCUACGGCACUUGUUUCGGCGGCAGCCCCGUCGAGGAAAUGUCCCAGAUCCUGAUCGACCACGGCUUCAGCUACGGUGGCAAGGACAUGCUCACAUCGGGCAUCACUGGCGAGCCGCUUCCCUUCUACGUCUUCACCGGCCCAAUCUACUACCAGAAGCUCAAGCACAUGGUCCAGGAUAAGAUGCACUCUCGUGCACGUGGUCCCAAGGCGACACUCACUCGCCAACCUACCGAGGGUCGUUCGCGCGACGGUGGUCUGCGACUUGGUGAGAUGGAGCGUGAUUGUUUGAUCGCCUACGGCACCAGCCAACUCUUGCUGGAACGUCUCAUGAUCUCGUCCGAUAUCCAUGAAGUGGAUAUUUGCGAGAAUUGUGGUUUUAUGGGCUACUUGAACUGGUGCCCUGGAUGCAAGUCAUCUCGGUCGGUUGUAAAGAUGUCUAUUCCCUAUGCUGCCAAGCUUCUUAUUCAAGAGCUGAUGAGUAUGAACGUUGCUGCUCGCCUCAAGCUGGAUGAUGAGUUCCCAGAGAUGAAGGGCCGGUAA